AUGGUUUCGGACCAGUAUCUUGGCAGUAAUGAAGACGUCGCAGUCACCGGAACUACAUCAGCCUUGCUGAAAAGUUGGUCAGAGUGGACAGCUUCUGCCAAGAAUCAGAACUGUCAUAUGAUUGCUCAAUUAAACCAUCCAGGGCGCCAAUCUCCAAUUGGAGCGGGAAAGAGAAGCAUAUUCGCAAAGACGAUCGCGCCGAGUGCCAUUCCCAUUAAUCUCGGCGACAACACCGUCGCAAAAUUGAUCCGUAUGUUGGUCUUUGGAACUCCGAGGGCCAUGACACGGCAUGACAUCGAUCUUGUUAUCGCACAAUUCACUGAAGCUGCGCGACUAGCUUACCAAGCUGGCUUUCAAGGCGUUGAAGUUCACGCAGCACAUGGGUUCUUACUAUCUCAGUUCAUGUCAUCAAACAGCAACCAGCGCGAUGAUGAGUUUGGAGGUUCAACAGACAAGCGCGUCCAACUAGUUCUUCGCAUUAUCCGAUCCAUCCGCAAAGAAGUCCCCAAGUCAUUCUGCGUUGGUGUAAAGAUCAAUUCGGCAGACUUCAAAGACGAAGAGGGCAUGGCCGAGAUGCUACGACAGAUAGAGUUGAUUCAGCAGGAGGAAAUUGACUACAUCAAUCUCAGCGGUGGAUCUUUCGAAGACCCUCAGAUGAUGAGCACCAAUUCGUCCCUGCAACCGAACUCUGCCGAAUCUCGGUCAAGUAUUCGCGAAGGUUUCUUCCUACGCACGAGUGAAGAGAUUCGCCGCAGGUUUCCUGAUCUUACACUGCUUGUGAUAGGCGGAUUUAGAAGUCGGAAUGGUAUUGUUGGAGCUCUUGAUAAGAACGCAUGCGAUCUGAUCGGACUCGGGAGACCAGCUGUGAAAUAUCCAGAGUUACCUAGCCAGAUCAUGUUCAAUAAGGAUAUCAGCGAUGAUAAGGCUAGAUUUGACGUGGAGUCUGCCCCUGGUGGUGGAUGGCUGGCUUCAAAGGUGCGCUCUGUUGGAGCAGGCGCAGAGACUCAAUACUGGGUAGCCGCUAUGAAUAACCUCUGA